AUGAAAAAGAAGUCAGCUUUGAACCUCACUGCAAAGCUUUCCAAAUCUCUUCCAUUCAAGAGAAUAUCUGAUCACAUCAAAGGGUUUGUCACUUCGGCCACAAGACCUUUGCAAUCAAGGAAGGAGGAUGAUGCAGCUGACAAGACAAAAGAAGCAGCAGAUGCAGUUAAAGAUGGAGCUAAAGAAGUGAGACAGACCUGUGAAUUCAUGAGGGAUACUGUAGAAACCACUGCGAAAACCGUGGGCAAAGCGACAAAGGAGGCGACCGAGAAGGUAACAGAAACAGCAGAAAACAUCACAGAUAAAACAAAAGGUACUGUCUCAAGUGCAUGGGGGGUGGCUAAGAAUACUACAGAGUUUAUCAAAGACAAAGUAAUCGACAAGUGA